CCUUGCUAGUUAGAGGUUGGGUCUAUUCAAAAGUGCAUAACAAAAUGAGAAGAUUUACUGUCUAAUAGUUAAUUCUUAUAAACUAUAAUUAAAAAUGUGACCAAAAAGAGGUAAACUUAAAGUAUUUAGAUGAUAAUUAAAAGUUCUAGUCAUUUCAGUUACACCAGUAUAUAAGUAACUCGAGCCAGCAGUUGGAUAGAUCAGUUGUUCAACGGACAAGCAGCAAACAAUAUCUUAUACUUUAAGUGAAAAGCGAGUGAAUUAAAAGUAAAUAACUGAUCAACUAGUGACUACCAAGACAGUUAUAUCGUUUGUAUUUUUGUCUUGAAGGGACAAAGAAUCGGUUGUGAGUUGAAAGAAGUGAUUAGUUAUAUUUUAAAAGAUGGAUUCACAUUCAACGUUUAUUUGUUGUUUAGUUGUUCUAUGUUCACUUCAAAUUACUCUCGGUACUCAUCAUCAUGGUGGAGGACAUUCAAACAUUUAUCGUGAACAAAAUGGCUGGGGAAAGUAUUCCUUUGGAUAUGAUAUCCACGAUCCUUGGGGAAAUAAGAAUUUUCGUAAAGAACAUGGUGAAUUCACUAAAAAGGGCGGUCAUGUGGUUGGCUCUUAUGGUAUUUAUGAUGCAAAAGGUAGACUUCGUCUGGUCAAAUAUACUGCUGGUAAAAAUGGAUUUGUAGCUACAAUCAAAACCAAUGAACCUGGAACUGGUGAUGUAGAUUCAGCUGGUGUCUACUUCAAUGGCGGAGAUCACCACAAGGGUAAAUGGCUUUACGAUGUUGGUACUCACCACAAAGAUCAUUGGGGUAAACAUUCUCAUCAUGACGUUCACCCCGGUCAUCAUGGUCAUCAUAGUCACAAGAUUCACGGACUUGGAAAAGCUCAUGGAUACAUUGCAGCUGCUUCAGAAUUGAAAGGCUCUUCUGGCUCGCCUCGUCAAAGGAAGUACGAUGACAAAGGUUUCCCUUAUGACGGUAAUCAAUCUCAUGGACCUGUCAAUGCCAAUGGAUUUGAUCAAAGAGGCUUCAAAGUAGCUGAUUACGAUUCAUCACCCAAACAACGAGGUUUCCCUGAAAGAGAGCGAAACUCCAAUAAACCCAACUUCCAUGGAAAACAUGGUUUUGAUCGAGACUCUUUCCAGGCCAAUUUUGACGAGAAUAGAUUUGGAGAAGGCAAAUUUGGCGAUGGAAAGUUGGGCUUCAACAAUGACCGCGACGGUGACGGUGAAUACAAAAGAUUAGCAGGAAACUAUCCAAGGUCUGAAGAAGGUCACAAAUUUGGCAAACAAUCAUUUGAUUGAUUAUAGGAGAAAAAAUCAAACAUUUAUGGAUUCAUAACAAUUUGUAAUCCAUCAUUUAGUUUGCAUCAUUGUAAAUAGUAACCCCUUCACAAUCAUUCCCUUCAACUACAUGCAUGUAUUUUUUGUACUUUAACUUUUUUACCACUUUACUCACUGUUAAUCGAUUUUAAUUAACCUAUUUAUUAGUUUAAAUCAUUGAUAAUUUCAUUGAUUCCAUCAUCUCGAAAUCCAUGUUUCACCACUUUGUUAUGCAUGCAUAGUAAUAGAUGAAACUGUGAAAUCAAUUAAAAUAGCCAAAUAUCGUAGUGUAAAAUUUUAAUCAUUAAUCAAAUCAAAUAACCAACAAGCAUUGUAAAUUAUAGUAAAUAAUCUAAUUUUUAACAAAAUUAUUAAAAUUUGAAAAUUAUAAAAUAAAUGAAUAACUGUUUAUUUUCAGUCUCGUCAAAAUCAUCUUCACUAUUGUAUAAUACAAAUAAUGUAUCUCUUGGUAUGAUAAGAUAACUCUGAUUGAUUGCAAAGUAAUCAGUGAAUUGAUGAACAUGCCAAUAUAUUGAUCGUUUAGUUGACAAAGUAAAUCCCUAAAUCAAGAAAUUAAACAAAACAAGCAACGUGGCAAUCUACAUAGAAUUCAAUUAGAAUCCAAUCAUGUUAACAGAUGUAAGUAGCCAAAAGAAAUCGAUAUAUGAGGAGAAGCAAUUACCCUCAAUUUUUUCGCUUCAAUUAAAAAAAAGUACACUGAUUAGUUGAUUAAUUGGUGAUUUGAAAUAAAAAAUAUGUUUCAAAGUGAAACAU